AUGUGUGCCUUCGCCAAGGGACAUCUUGAGUAUAUGGGCGUGCAAGAUUCCAAGCAUUCUUCAAACUACAGGGUUCUUGCUGCUGAGGGUGUCUUUCAACUUGUGCAGCAGAACUGCCGGCAGGAAGAGGUUUUGGCGGCAACCAUGCUGCUCGUGUACUACGAAUCUCUCACCCUGACAGGAGCAACCAACAUGGUUCUUGAGCACCUCAGAAGUGCCUUCCUCGUCCUGAGUUCGAUUCCACUGUCCAAGAAAACCCGCAGUAUCUUGUUCCUUGAAAAGGCUUUCCAAUUCUACGACGUCAUCACUGCCCUUUCUUUAGGACGUAGUCCAGUCUCUACUGUGCCCGCAACUGAGCAUGUUUACUCCAUGGCAUCACCUUCGUCCAAGUCGGCCCAAAAUGGCCCUGUUGAUCCACUUCUCGGUAUGACUGGCAAUCUGUGGCCAGUUCUUUACCGUCUCAGCACUCUCAAAUCCUUGAAAGGGGACUUGGAUGGCGCGGUCUCCAACAAUCAACCAGCCAAAGCCGCCGUUCUUCUGAUGGAGUACGAAUCCACAGUCAAGGCAGUACAAAAGGCUCUCCAAGACUGGGCGCCUCCGGUGCAGUCAGACGAGGACUUUGAGUCCUUCUGCGAUUCGGAUGCCCAGGGUGCAUUCCGCGCCAUGGUUCACAACUCAAUGGCAUAUCGUCACGGUGCUUUGGUAUACCUGAACCGGUCGAUCCACGACCAUCCCGUCGACCAUCCUGCGGUUCAGGAAAACUGUCAUCUUACUCUGGAGAACUGCGUUGCGGUCAUCGCCUCUGGUGGGCCGGUCAAUGCGCUCCUCUGGCCUUUAUUCGUGGCAGCAUGCGAAGCUAUCACGGAUCAGGACCGGGGUCUCGCAAGGUACGCUUUUAUUGAAAUUGAACGAAGGCAAGGCAUGAUCAACAUCGAAAGAGCUCGUGCAGUUGUCCUUCAUCAGUGGGCUGCUGCGAUGUCGGGAGAACUUAACGGCGGCUGCAAUACGGGCGCUGAAGCGUGGAGGGAGGUUGCGGGGAGUAUGGGAAUGACAAUUAUUUUCGGUUAG